ACUAUAACUAAAAUAUUAAAUAUGACUUAGGUUAGCCUUAGGUUAGGUUAUUCCAAUCACGAAUAAAAUUGAUCAUACUUUUCAAUGUGUUUUGUCAAUAUUAUUACUGACCAGAAAAGAUAAACAGUGCACAAUGUUAUGUUUUGAGUAUCAUAAGCAUAGCAAAUAUGUAUAAAUGACAAUCCUAAAAAUAUAUUAUGUUAUUAAAAUGUUUAAUAAUAAUAUUAUACAUUUAUAUGGCGAUUGGCUGAAAUUAAUAACAGCUGGGUAACUAGUGCGUAUUCGUCUGACGUUGCUAUUCAAAAAAACAAUAUUAUUAUACACUCGUAUUGCUUUUAAACAAUUGGUAGCAUAAAAGUAUAGAUUUUAUUUUAACGAUAUUGAGAUCGAUUGAGGAAAAGCGAAAAAUUCUCCAACUAUUAAAAUGACAGACUACGCACAAGAAUUUACCGAAAUGACAGAGGUCGCAAAAACUAUGAUACCGCUAAUGAGAGACAUGGAUGACAGAGGCAUCACCGAAAAGUGGAUAAAUAGAGCAAAGGCUCUGCAGAGCAGGGACGUGAACGUGUUGAAACACCGGAAUAAUUUCAUGAAAUAUUUCAUGGGAGUCGUCAAGCGGACGAUCGCCGAGACCGGACAGUAUCCGAAUUGCUGCAAUUGGGGAAAACCCGAGCCCGGACCUUUCGAUAAGCCAAUGCCUCCACCCAAACCUCUUCCAUAUCAAUGCCACUGGACGCCGGACAAACGGACCUACGUGGCCAUUCAACCGCUGCCAAACAGAGGUGCUAUGGUCUACAUGGCUGUGGCUGAAAAACCGGAACUCGGUUGGGAUUUUCCCAAAAAAGAAAAGUUAUAGUGUUUUAUUUAUAUGCCUAUAAUAAACUAAUAUAAUA